GUGAUGGAGAGGAGGAUGGAGGGAUGCGAUGGGAGCUUCAGAAUCACUUUGCCAGGCAUCGCGCCGCGUGCAUCUCAUGCGGCGCACAGCGAGCUCGUCAGCGGUUUCCGUUUCGUGUCCACGUCUUCAACAACAAAUCUUGUUGACAAUUGAGUUAAAUUCUACAACAACACCAUCAUCAUCACUACCGCCGCUUGUGCGUCAACCACAAUCCACCUCUCUUGAGUCGAGACACCACUCGCGAUAGCGACGUCAGGGCGAAUUCGUGAACACCAUCAGGAGGCACAUCAUGAACCACCUGUAGCAUCAUCUAUCUCCCAUGAAGUAGAACCCACUGUCCGCAAAAGUAGUCUUGUAUAGGAUCCCUUUCCUCGCAGGGCAGUGCUAUUGACGAAUGCGUUCAAUCAUCACUUCGUUUGUGCCUCUGCUGUUGCACCACUGCCAACUCAGCACCACCACCAUCACCACCGCCAGCAUCGACGGCGAAUUUUCCUGAGCUUCGCGGAGUGCUCGAAAGCUCGCUCACUCUCAUCCGUACGCCACGUGGGUGCGCAUCCAACGACGUUCACUCACUCGUUCAUUCACUCGUUCACUCACUCGUUCGCUCACUCGUUCGUUCACUCACUCACUCACCCCCUCAUCCUCCCAACCGACUCCCCGAACCGUGCCCAAGAUCGGGCGACAUGAAGAUGCCUUCGAAGAGGCGACGAGGUGAGGACCUGGUGACCCGUCAAGAUGAUGACGAGGAUGAGGCGGCGAUUGAAGACGACGACGAUGACGAUGAAGAGGAGGAGGAUGACGAGGAGGUAUCGCGCCUGGCUUCUGGAAAAGCACCCGGCUACCAGAAUUGCAUUAAGUCCGAAGCACACCCGAUACGGUCAGCGGCCCACGCGCGCUGGGACGCGGGCAGGGACAGCGCCGGGGAGACAAAGACGGACGGGGAGAUGGAGCAGUCCACGGGAGGCGGCGGCCCGGACCCCAGGACCUCUCUGACACAAGCGGGACGGGACAAGAAGAGGCAGAGCCUCCUCACGCUGCACUGGCUGGAUGAGAACUACAUGGUGUGCGAGGGCGUGUGCCUGCCACGCUGCAUCCUCUACACUCACUACCUCGACUUCUGCCGCAAGGAACACCUGGAGCCCGCCUGUGCCGCCACCUUUGGCAAGACCAUCCGGCAGAAGUUCCCGCACCUCACGACCCGGCGUCUGGGCACGCGCGGUCACUCCAAGUACCACUACUACGGGAUCGGUAUCAAGGAGAGCAGCGAGUACUACCAUGCCGUCUACUCGGGGAAGGGCCUCACCCGGUUUUCUGGGAGCAAGAUUAAGAGCGAGGGAGGCUUCACGCGUAAAUACUCGCUGAGCUCCAAAACCGGCACUCUCCUUCCAGAGUUCCCCAGCGCCCGCCACCUCAUCCUACCUGCGUCCGUGUCCAGAGACAAGGCCGACACGCUGAUCACGAUGUACAAAACCCACUGCCAGUGCAUCCUGGACAAUGCCAUCAACGGCAACUUUGAGGAGAUCCAGAACUUCUUGCUGCACUUCUGGCAGGGCAUGCCCAGCCACCUGCUGCCCCUUCUGGAGGAGGCCGCUGUGGUGGACGUCGUCUGCGUCUGCGACUCCAUCCUGUACAAGGUCCUCACUGAUGUCCUCAUCCCGGGAACGAUGCAGGAAAUGACGGACAGCCUGCUGGUGGACGUGCGGGGGCUGGCGCGCCACUGGGACCGCUGGGCCAGCUCGUCGCUGGAGACGCUGCCAGCGCUGCUCUCCGAGCGAAAGCUGCCCAUCGCGAGGCGGUUCUCGGCGUCGCUCAAGCGGCAGACGUCGUUCCUGCACCUGGCGCAGAUCGCGCGGCCGACGCUGUUGGACCAGGCGACGGUGAGCGCGAUGGUGCGCGACGUGGACCGCGUGGACCUCAACUCGCUCGGCUCGCAGGCGCUGCUCACGCAGCCCGGCGGCGCCGCCGACGACCCCGAGUUCGACUCCGACCCCGAGUACGACUCGGUGGUUGUGCUCCAAGAGUUGAGGGAUCUCCUGAAGAGCGGUGCCACGGUGGAGACGUUCGUCGAGUGGCUGGACCAGGUCCUCGAGAACCGGGUGAUCAAGCCGAGCAAGCAGAACGGGCGCACGCUGAAGAAGAGAGCCCAGGACUUCCUGCUGCGCUGGAGCUUCUUCGGGGCGCGCGUCAUGCACGGCCUCACGCUCAACAACGCCUCGAGCUUCGGCUCGUUUCACCUGAUCCGCAUGCUGCUGGACGAGUACAUCCUGCUCGCCCUGGAGACUCAGUUCAACAACCAUAAGGAGCAGGAGCAGCAGAGCCUGCUCGACAAAUACACGCGCAGCGGAGACGCCAGCCGCGCUACCCUCAGCGCCACCCCCAGCUCGUGCUUUCUGGCGAGCCGGGCCAAGGCUUGCUUGGCCCUGACCCCAGGGCCCGAGAGGGUCAAACGCGAGUCCACCGCUCCGGCGCUGCUGCAACCUUUGCAGCAGCAGCAGCGGCAACAGCAACAACAGCAACAACACGCUUACCACGACCAGCAGAGGCACCACCACCACGAAAGCCAACAGCAUAAUCAUCAUCAGCAGCAGCAGCAACAGCAGCAUCAUCAGCAGCAGCUGUCACCCAUGAGAUGCGGCCUCUACUCCUCCAUGCUGGGAAGCCACGAAGCGACUCUUGCAGGCUACCCGACAGGUCACCCGGAGCUGUCGCUGAGCCGCGGCAGCGUCAUCAUGAACCAGCCGCCUCCGUCGUCGUCCUGCCGGCCCGCGGCCCCCCCCGAGCGCGGCGAGGGCCGUUGCGGCCCAGGGCCCCCCCAGGUCGAGCCCCCCGCCCCGCCGGCCCACGGCUACGCCGAGGCGGCCUACGACGACUCCCUCGACUACUAUCCCGGCAGCAGCAGCAGCAGCAGCAGCUACGGACGAUCCCACCACCACCACCACCAGCAGCAGCAGCAGCAGCUGCAGCUGCAACACCACCAGCACCACCAGCACCACCACAACGUCUACGCCACGUCGCCGUUCCGCCAGCGUGGAGGCUACGCGGCGCCGCUGCCGCCGCCGCCGCCGUUCCACGCGGGGGCCGCCUACGGCCACGCGGCGUUCGCGACGGGGCCGCGCGGCGGCUGCGGAGUUGACGGCGGCUACGGCUACGGCUACGGGCUGCCGACGGGCGGCGAAGGUGGCGUGGACGCGGGGUUCUCGUGCCCCGCCACGGGCCCAGGCUUCUACGGCGCUGGCGCCCUGGCCGGCCGUGCCGUGCCCGUCAUCAGCUGCCACGGCGCGUCGCGGGCCCCGGAGCGGCCCGACCCCCUGGGCCUGCUCUGCGGCGGAGAACCCCCCGGUUACUACGGCGACGCCAAGCAUCACGGUUACUACGGCGACCGCAAGGCUGACGACGGUUGCUACGGGGCGAGGAAGGCGGAGGAGGAGUACAGCUGCUGCACGUCCGCGGGCAACGCGAACGCGUCGCUGUCCCAGUGCAUGUACGACAGCAGGGCGGCUCUCUACAGCUCCCAGCAUGGCUUGCACUAUGCCCAGCACGUGGCGUUGCAGCAACCGCAGCAGCAGCAGCAGCAGCAACAGCAGCAGCAGCCCCUCCCGCCCAUCGCCACCGUCUUCAUGGACCAGAUCACGGGCGAGAGCUGAACCGACCAACGUCCGCCCGGCACGUCCCGGGCGGCUACGGCGAUCGUGAUGAUCUGCAACGGCCGCGGCGACGUUCAGCGAUCGAUGGUGUAGAUGCAGAACCUCGGCUACGAUUUCACAUUAAAGGUGGACAAGACGGGCAACCGCGUCAGGAGCAGCGGAGUGGUGUGUCGCCGUGAAGUCUCCUUCUUCCGUCGUCACGCGUUGUUACUGUCCGUUUUGGAUGGCCAACAGUCACGGCACACUGCUACUGGAGAGGUUUUUUUUUUUUAAUUUCCCAUUUGUGCAUCCGGAAUCCGCAUGGUUUUGUGUGGUGGAUGCGGUUGAGGGUGGACCACGAGCGAUGUUCAGCACCGCGUCCGAUCGUCAAAACCAGCAGGAUCAGCCUGGGGUUGCCACCCUUCCGUCUGAUGGACAUGGCAAACGAAAUCCAUGAGUCAGCGCGGGAAGAAAAGGAAUAAUAUCUCACGGUCGCGGAAGACGGUAGGGGGGGGGGGUGGGGGGGAGAAUCACGUGGGCACGCAUCGUCUUGAGUGGUGAAUUAUCUUUGUUGUUGUUGUGUUUAUUAUUAUCACGCAACUGACAAACAAACGGGCACUGCACAGCAGCUUCCACGUGAAUGAGGACGAUCCCCGGGGAGAACCGGGAUGCUUGGCAACUCCACCGCACCAUGGAGUGGGGGGGGGGCGGAUCAGCUGUGUUUUUUAAAAUUUUGGUUCACAUUUUUUUUAUUUACCCAGCCCCUUGAUUUAUCCGGGUCGCUGGUAGACUUGAGUAGGUAGCACGUGACUGUUGUAGCUGAGGCACAGAUAUUAUUUUCCGGUCGCUGGUAGACCAAGCUGAAAUUCAGCCUCGCUUCAACAAAUACGCAGGCUACAGUACAAAGACAAAGCCCCCCCCCCUCCCCCCUUUCGUAUAGCCUUAGCAGGCUGCUGGGGCAAGUGCCGUUAGCGAACAUCGAUUAAGGCUGGCACGUCACACGAGAGGAUGGGUGGCCGGCACCACGCCGGAUAAUAAUUUAGGGCUGAGUCAACCUAGAGGAGGCCCAGCCAUGAGAGGAAAUUGACCUCGUGGUCACCGGUUUAUAACACGGUGUGCUAACCGCUGGGCUACCAUUCCCAGCACGCAAAACAUGCCAUCAAGUCUGCAUUAACCACCCAUACUUGUGGCAUAUUUUGCCACAAGUACGCAUGGUUAAUGCCUUGCAUGCCACGGUGACGAGAUGUUAUCUGCCUCGCCUAGUAUGCGAGAGGGUCGUGGGUUUGAUCCCGACCCUGACGCCUGCUGUAUAUUUGGAGUUUGCGUGUCACUCUCUCA